AUGAAAUUUGUGUAUCGGGUGAUGCUUUUACUGAAGGUGUCAAAUUUGAACAAAUUCAGUAUCAAAUGUUCUGAAUUUUCUGAUGUUUCAGAUCUUAAUGCCUGGAUUUCUGCAGCACUGUCACAUGAUGUUCGAGAACUUGAUCUCUACGUUCCUUUGAAAGGAUCUGGUGGGCUGCCUAAUCUCAAAACCCUCCAUCUUUAUUCAGUUGAAUUUAGCAAUGACGAGUCAAUUAAGAGGCUCUUUUCUGGUUGCCCCUUGCUUGAGGACCUGGUUUUACUCGAAUGUGAAUUAAAAAACAUUAAUGUUCUCAACAUUUCAGCUUCUGCCCUGAAGAGUUUGAUUAUAUCCUAUCCUGUAAUGAACAGCAUAUCUAAAUUUUUGAAGUACAAGAUUAAGAUGGAGCUCAAUACCCCUAGUCUUCAAUACCUUGAAUACAUUGAUUAUGUAGCAGAAGGCUACGCCACAAGAGCUUACAUUUUCUUGUCAAAGCUCAUAUUGAUAUUAAGCUUAGAUUGA